UAUGUUGGGGGUGUGGCCAUAUUAGUUUUAACUAGUUGACUUAGAUGUCGGGGGAAGAAACAAUUCAAAAGGCUUUAUUUAGCAGGAAUUUACUUAAUAAAGUGGACUCACAUUUAUUAAAGGUAGCGACAAGAACGUCUUCGUUUAACUAAAUUGAUAGGCGUCGCACAGAAACCCUAAGAGAACGUUUCAUGGCUUGCUCAUUAGGCCUGGGUGAAAAAUUUACAGACAGAGCUCUUUUGGAGCAGUUAGCGCUGGUGGCAAAGGAUGCAGCUGCUUUACAUGGUGUCAUCAUGAGGACGAAAGAAGAUCCUAAUUCAUCAGAGGUUGUAAGCUAUGCUCCAUUUACACUUUUCCCAUCCCCCAUUCCUAAAUCCAUAUUUGAACAGGCCAGACUUGUACAGAAGGACUUUAAUCUGUUGGUGGACAAGGUUAGUCGGGACAGCACAUUUCUGGAGCAAGCUCUUGCCAGCACAAUUAUAGUGGAUAAUUUUACAGCAAGACUUUUUCAGAUCUACAGACAUGUUCUCCAGGAAGGCACUUCUUCGCCCAUUAAUUUAGGUUUGAAUCGAUCAGACUACAUGUUGCACUGUGGAGAAAAUGGGAUGACAUCACUGAAGCAGAUCGAAAUUAACACAAUUGCUGCCAGUUUUGGGGGAUUAGCAUCACGAAUGCCUGCAUUGCACAGGCACGUUCUAAAUGUUGCUGGCAUACAUGAUGUACAUGUUAUGGACAAUACCUCUGUUGUAGUCUUGGCUCGUGGAAUUGGAAAAGCUUGGAGCAUUUAUGGUUCAGAUAGGGCAGUUGUCAUGUUUUUAGUUGAAGAGACCCAGAUAAAUAUUUUUGACCAUCGGCUACUAGAACAUGAGCUCUGGAACCAAAAUGUUCCUGUUAUUCGGAGAAAAUUUGAAGAUGUGACUGAAAAAGGAUGUUUAGAUGGGGAAAAGAGACUUUUCUUAGAUGGGCACGAAAUUGCAGUUGUUUACUACCGGUACGGCUAUAUGCCUCAGCAUUAUACAGAGAAGAAUUGGGAAGCCCGGCUGAUGAUGGAGCGGUCCAGAGCAGUGAAGUGUCCAGACAUUGCAAGCCAUUUAGCAGGAACAAAAAAGGUCCAGCAGGAGUUGUCAAAACCAGGAAUACUUGAGCGUUUCUUUCCUGAUAACCCAGAUGCUGUCUCCCGUAUUAGGUCAACCUUUGCUGGACUCUACUCUUUGGAUCAGGGCGAUGAAGGUGACAGGGCGCUAGCCAUGGCUCUUCGUGAUCCAGAUAUGUUUGUACUGAAGCCACAGAGAGAAGGAGGAGGCAACAACAUUUAUGGUGAAAAAAUUUGCCAUGUGCUGAAUGAAGUCAAAGACAGUCCAGAGAGAAGUGCCUACAUCCUCAUGGAUAAAAUCACACCACUGCCUGUCAGUAACUGCAUUGUAAGGAGGGGAAGUCCUUUGAAACCACAGACCUGCCUUAGUGAACUAGGAAUGUUUGGAGUUUAUGUGAGGCAAGGCACAGAGAUGGUGCUGAAUGAGUGUGCUGGACACCUUCUCCGGACCAAGAGCAGUGAAUUUGCUGAUGGAGGUGUGGCUGCUGGAGUGGCUGCUUUGGAUAACCCCUACUUGAUUUAAAAAAAAAAAAAUCUUUGGGUCCAGAAUGUGUCCUGUAACUGAGCCUGUCCCUUUUAAUUGGCUUGUUGAUUCAGUUGCCCUUUCUUGAAAUGAUGAUGUUACCAGCAUAAUACACCACAGUGUAGAAAAUCGUGCUGCUUAUCACAGAGUUGUAGAAGAUGUGAAGGAUUUCACUACUUGCAUUAAAUAACUAAAGAGCCUGCACUGCUCUUUCUGUGUUUUGAGACCAGUCCAACCUGUCAUCAAUGUGGAUCCCCAAGUACUUGUAGAAGUACACCACCUCUACAUCCAUUCCCUGAAUAGUGACCAAAAAUAGGGGUUGUUUGGUGCUGUGAAAAUCAAAAAACAGUUCGCUGGUUUUGCUGAUGUUAAGAUGCCGACAGUUUUCAUGGCACCAAGGAGCAAAGUUCUCUACCUGAAUCCUAUACUCUCAUUCCCUUUAUCAAUCCCAUAAGUGCAGAAUCAUCUGAGAAUUUCUGCAAGAGUCAUGACCUGGUGUUAUAUUUAUAGUCUGAGGUGGACAUAGUGAAGAGAAAAGAACACAGGACUGUUACUUGUGGUGCUCCACUGUUGCUCACAUCCAUAUUCAAGACACAGUCCUUCAUUCUUACAAACUGCGGCCUGCCCAACAGAUCGGCUCAUCCACCUGCGCACACACACACACACACACACACAGGGUGGUUUUAAAUGUAAUUGAAACAUAUGUACCUAAAAUCCACAUAGUAUUUGAUGUCUUUUUUUAAUCAAAUACAGACCACUUUCAUAUGUGUUACUGAGUUCUGAUUAAUUUGUAAUCAUGCAUAUCCCAUCUGAGUUUAAAUAGUCAGAUCAAAUUUUUGCUAAAGAAUGUAGCUUGAUUAUGUCAUUAUUGUGUAUUUUGUCAUUUUGUGUAUUAUGCAACAAGGAGAAGGAGGCUUAGUAAAAGACAUUUGCACAGAUGUUUGAACAUUGUUCAUGUAAUUCAAACAUUCUCCAGUAAUUAGGAGACAUUAAAGCAACCACCAAUGCAGUCCA